GAACAUCAGAGGCCAUACAUCCCUUCCUCAUUCCUCAAUUGAAAACCACCACAAAAUCAUCAACACUCCCUCCCUCCUUAUAAAACUUCAAAAAUCAUCUCAAUAUCAAGCCUUAAAAAAAAAAAAACAUCACCACAGAACUAAACCAUGGCAAGGUCAUCACCCCUGCUCAUAACCUUCCUCACUGUCAUUGCUGCAACGACAUCGGUCACAGGAGACAAUAAAGUCGGCAUUUGUUUUGGCCGCAACUCUGAUGACCUCCCACCUCCUUUCGCUAUAGUCGAUAUCGUCAAAAACAACCAUAUUUCCAAAGUGCGGCUCUUCAACACCGACGCGCCUACCUUGCAAGCCUUCAAAGGGAGCGGGAUAGAGCUUAUGAUCGGUGUCCCGAAUGAGAACCUAACCUAUAUUGCCAAUGGAGGGGUAGAGGCCGCCGCCAAUUGGCUCAAAACAAACAUUUUCGAUAAUGUUCCGGCUAACCAAGUUAAUUAUAUUGCCGUUGGCAAUGAAGUCCUGUUAAGGGACACAUUCUAUGCUGAGAGUAUUGUCCCGGCAAUGAAAAAUUUACACCAAGCACUCAAGAACCAAAACCUCGACAAAAAGAUCAAGCUUUCAUCCCCACAAGCCUCAUCCGUAGUCGGAUCAUCAAGCCCGCCUUCCAGUGCGGCUUUCACAGAGGCCGCUUUACCAGUGAUCCGCCCCUUGUUGGCUUUCUUGAAAGAGACCGGAGCUCCGCUGAUGGUGAACACAUACCCCUAUUUCGCAUAUGCCAGUGACCCCAAAAACGUCCCUCUAAGCUUCACCCUCUUCAGCUCUGAUGCACCACCAGUGCAAGACAAUGGCAUCACCUACACCAAUAUGUUUGAAGCUUCGCUUGAUGCCUUUGUGGUGGCGAUGGAGAAGGAAGGAUACACUGAUAUCCCACUUACAGUGACUGAGACCGGGUGGCCAACAGCAGGAGGUGUAGGGGCAGAGCCAACGAAGGCAGGAGUCUACAACAAUAAUGUGAUAAUGCAAGCAUUGGCCGGAAAAGGCACACCUAAGCGGCCAAAAAUUCCGGUAGAGGUGUACUUGUUUGAUCUAUUAGAUGAGAACUUGAAGGAGGGGCCAGAGUUUGAGAAGCACUUUGGCAUAUUCAACCUGGAUGGCAGCACUGCAUUCAGUGUCAGAUUUGCUUGAAAGAAUUCAUCUCAGUGCCCGUAACCUUUAGCUCUUGAUCUAAACUUGGAAAUUUUGUUCACAAUUUCAAUACAAUAAUGAUAAGAAUAAUUUGUGCACAUUUCUACUGUGAAUCAGAUACCAUUGUAACAAAAUAACAUGACAUUGCCUCCAAAAUACUUAAGCUAACAUCCAAAUUUGAAGUACAGAUAGUAAAAGUAGCAGAAAAAGAAACUCACUCGAACAAGAAA